UCAACUCUAAUUUUUAUGUAAUGUCACUUUGUUGUCGUUUGUUACAAGAAGCAAGGAAAAUUCGUGCUAGAAACCAAAGAACCAAGCCCCCAAUAUCCGUGCGCUGUGAUGUGAUAAUCAAUUGUGUGUAAAUAAUGAAUUGUCAUCAGAUAUUGAGCGGCGCCUGCAAUGCAGGCGACCGGUGCUUCGCGAUUGGAUCCGUGGAAGGCAUACCAUUUACAGCCUACGCCGCCGGCUGCAAUGUGGUCAUCCUGGCGAGCACCUUCGAGCGCGUCCAGAUCAUUCCGGGCGCCAGCCAUGGCUAUGUCAAGAUAUCCGCUUUGGACUGCAGCACCGAUACCGGAAAGAUAGCGGCAGCCUAUGAGAACAAGAUAUGCAUUUUUGAGCCCACGCCGGUGAUCGAGUCCAGCAAGCACAAUACCCACUUUUUGGACUACAGAUGGGUGCAAACGGGCUCCUUCACCAGUCACUCGAGCGUGGUGACCCUGUCCUGGAAUCUGGAGGGCACGCGUCUCCUGACCGGUGGCACCAACAUCCAGCUGUGGAAAAGCAAGUCGCCCACUCACCAGCAGGAGGAGGAGCACACUGGCGUUAAGUUCGAGAUUGGCGAGAGCAAGGAGCCGAAGCAGUCGAACAAUGCCCAGUCGGAGGAUGUGUCCACGUGGGAGAACAUUUGGAGCUGCCAGACGGCCAUACCCAUUUACCACAUGGCAUUUAGUCCGGACGGAACGCUCUUCGCCACCUGCGGCCGCAACGAUCGGCUGGUUAAGAUCUGGUAUGAGAACAAGCAGGUUCUCUUCCCGGCCAAGGGCACCUCCGCCGCCGGGGGACCCACGACCUCUGGCCGACAUGGCGGGGACGACGGCACUGGCUCCGGUUCCGGCGGAGAGCUGAACUUCACGUACGUGUACAUCGCCCAUCCGCGAGCCGUGUCCAACAUUGUGUGGCGCAAGACGAGCAAGUACAUGCCCAAGGGAUCGGUGGCCAACAUGCUGGUCACCUCCUGCCUGGACAACAUCUGUCGCAUCUGGAUUGAGACGGUGCUGCCGGACGACGGUAUGGUGAACAUGACCCAGUUCGAUCCGAUGGCCUCGCAGAACCCGAAGUUCCGGACGCAUCGGCACAAGCAUCGCUUCAUGCAGCGGCUGAAGCACAUGAAGACCUGCUUCCACAUCCGCCGGCAUAUGAAGGCUGGAGUGAGUGCCGGACCAGGAGCGGCCAGUGGCGGGGUGGCCAGUGGCGGAGGAGCCGCCGGCGCAAUGGGCGCCAUGGGCAGCUCGCCGGCCAGCUACACCAACUAUCUGGGACCGAUACCCUCGCUGCCGUCCUCGUGCAGUGUCCACGACUUUCACUCUUACGGAUUCCAGGGAUCGGGCGUUACUCCCGGCAUGCACUUCCACUUGGCCGCGUCCAUAAACGCGGAAACGGACAUACCGCUGGUGCCAUCGAUGCAGACCAGCGAUCCGGCCAACCAGAAUGUCUUUAUCCUGCACUGGCUGAACAACAAGGAGAUGCAUUUCACGCUCCAGGCGGAGGCCAUACUCCAGGAGCUCACCAAGAAGGUGAUCGACGAGGAGAACGGCCACGGGAACGCCUCAAGUGGUGGUGUCGAUCUGCCGGACGAUGCCCAUGGCUCCCAUUCGCAGGCGCACGCGCACAAGAAGUACCUGCGCUCCUCCAAGUCCGUGUCCGUGGACGACAGCGGCGAGGAGUACAGCCGCUACUCGCAGCACACGGCGGGCACGGGCAUGGGCGGUGGCGGCGGCGGAGGAGCGGGAGUAGGGCUCCAUCUGAACUCCAUGUCCAACACGACGUCGCAGAACUCGCUGAACAACGAGCCGGCGCACCCAAUUACACAGCUGGUGGAUUCGUUGGACAACAAGAUCGAGUGCCUGCUGCGCGACUGGCACCAGAGUCCGGAUUUGCUCUUCGCCAUUCACCCGGUGGACGGAAGCUACCUGAUCUGGGUGAUCGAGUGGCUGGACGACUAUUAUCCGGGCUCGUUCAGGCAGGCGCAGGUCUCCUUCUCCACGCGCAUCCCCUCGGCCUUUCCGCUGGGCGAUGCCAUGUCCAUGUCCACCACGGUCAGCCUGUUCAAUACGGGCACCCAUCCGCUGGCCUUCCGCGACAUUGCCAACAAUGUGCGCAGCAAGGACGAGUUCCACAAGGGACACGCCGAUGAUUCCUCUCUGAAGAGUGACCAGCACUCGGGGCAGACCUUCGAGCGGCACGACGAAGAGCAGGAGGAUGCGGCCGAGGAUGAGGACGGCGACAGGGACGGCGACGCGGAUCAAGAUGAGGCGGGCGGCGAUCGCAGUGCUGCGGCCAGCGGAGGCGGAGGAGGUGCCGAGCACAGCAGUAGCUCGCAGGAUUCGGCUGCAGCCGGAGCCAGUGCUCUGCCCAUGAACGUUUCUCCGUCGGUGUCCAUGGUGACCAAGCACUCGAACGGCACCCUCAACCUGUGGCAGCUGACGUUCGCCUUUAAGACGAAGUUCACCCAAGUAUUAAGCAUUGGCCACGUGAGCCGCGCCUCCGGCCAUCGGUUCCGGGUGAACGACAUCACCUGCCACCCGGUGCUGCCGCUGCUCGUCUCCACCUCGCACCACAACCUGCCCGAUUCGGAGGCCAAGUCGCCAAUGUCUCCGUUUGAGCAGCCCCUGAGCGGAGGACUUCCAUCGGGCGGAGGAGCUGGAUCCGGGCCCUCGGGAGGUUCGAAUGGGGACAAAGAUGUAUUUACGCCCACGGGCUUCUGUUCGGAGUUGAUCCUGUGGCGUGUGGACUCCGUGGGACCGCUGUGUCAUUCGGGCGGCGUUAGUGAGCUGGCCAGGAUCAACUCGCCGGAGAUCUCGGCCUUCAGCAAUGUGGCCUGGAUCCCGACGCUUCUGCCCAGCACCACAUUGGGCAGCUACAGCAACUCCCCGUCCGCCUGCUUUGUGGCCAGCGAUGGCGAGAACCUGCGCGUCUACCAGGCGGUCAUCGAUGCCCGCACCCUGCUGGCGGAGAUCUCGUGCUCGGAGAACCUCAACACGCUGCACAAGUCGCACUCGCUGUCGUCGAUGAUCUCGAACGCCUCGUCCACGAUGCGGGCCCAGCGGUCGGCGCUGCACGACAAGCUCAAGGUGGUGUCCCAGCAGUCGACGGCCCGACCCGGCUGCAUCCUGCAGCUGGACGCCAUCUCGGAUGCCAAGCACGACUGGCAGAACACCCAGUUCCUGCACGUGUUCCAGGCGCAGUUGAUUACGGGUGGCCAGAGGACGCCCCUCACAGAUCCCCACGACCUGGAGGAGCCGCGCAUGAACGCCCUGCUGGAGUCGGACAUGGACGCCAUUGUGGAUCUGCAACGGAAUGCCGACUUCGAGGAGCCCUUCUACAUUGUGAACAUCGAGAAAACACUGCGCGGCAGCACGAUUCACAUGUGGCGCAUUGUCAUCAGCUCCAAGCAGCAAAACUCGUUCCUCUCGGAGACGGCCAUGUAUGUGCCGGAUAGCAACCUCACCCAGGAGCCAGACGAGGAGCAGAAUGGCGCCGGUGGCAACCCGAAUCCCAGGCGAAUGUCGCAGGGAGCGGAAACGCUGACGGGCGCCGAGCACUUUGGGCCCCAAGUGGAGGCGCCGCACAUCUCGAUUACCACAAAGAAGGUGUGCACCCAGGAGCUGCCGCUGCCCGAGGGCGUGGACGUGAUCCAUGCCUCUCCGGCCGCCGGUCACCUGAGCAGCUCCAGCAUUUAUCCGGCCUGCUUUGCGCCGUACAUCAUUGUGACCGCCUGCUCGGAUUCCAUUUCGCGCUUCUGGAAGUGCGAGCCCAUCGGCGAUGAUCAGGACGAUCAGGAUCCGGAGGGCGAUGCCUACCACUGGAGCGAGUGGAAGAUGUUCAGCCGGAUCCAGCACUCGGCCAUCGAGAUUCCCGGCCAGCCGCUGAACAUCAGUGCGGCCUACUCCGGCCGCAUAGCCUGUGCCUACAAGUACGGCAAGAGCUUCACGCGCCCGAACAAGGGACCCGAUCCGGACUCGCGCUACGUCAACCUCUGCGUGGCCAUCUACGAGUGCGAGAGCUCCGGCGGCAGCGAGUGGGUGCUGGAAGACACCAUUCACCUGAAGAACGUCCACCUGCCGCGGAUCAACAUCGGGCAUGGCAUCGACCUGAGCUACCUGCACGACAGUCGGCUGCUGGCGAAGAAGCAGCGGCUGAACCAGGUCCUCCACACCUUCGCCCACGAUCCGGAGAGCCGGUCGCCGCGCAGUGGCGAAACAACACCGGAACUGGCCGUCAAUAGGCAGCCCUCGGUCGCUGCCUCGGGUCUGCUAACCGUGCCCAGCUUCAGCACGCUGCAGUCCCUGCGGAAGAGCAUCGCCGAGAACGGGAACACUUGUCCGCUGACCCAAAAGCAUCUGGUCCAACUGGACUGGGUGAGCAAGGAGGAUGGCUCGCACAUCCUAACCGUCGCCGUCGGCAGCAAGAUCCUACUGUACACGCCCGUCAGCUCGGACAUUGCCCAGGCGAACAUCAAGGCCAUGAAGGAGUCGCGCUCGGUGAAUCGCCCCAUCCUACGGAAGGCCAGUUCCCUGGCGCAGCCGAACUUCGUGGACGAGAUCCGUUGGAUGAAGUUGCGGCAAAUAGACCUGCAGACAGCCGACGGUCUGCCGCCGUUGCCAAUGCAGAUUUCCUGGGUGCGCGAUGGCAUUCUGGUGGUGGCCAUGGACUCCGAGAUGCAUGUGUACUCGCAGUGGAAGCCCCACUACUCCUCGCACUUUGCAGCGGCUGCGGCGGCCGCUGGAGAGGAUGUGCCGGACACCCGGAAUCUGCGGGACGAGGAUCUGCGCUCGUUGGCCAACGAGUCCACGCAGCUGCGGCUGAAGAACGUGGCCUCCAUGCCGCUGAUCAGCAAGGUGAGCACGGCCAAUCUGCAGCUGCUGUCGCACGACAAGAAGCGUCGUCUGGGCAACACCAGCAUGGCCAAUAUGAAUGGAGCCGGCGGGGCGGGCGGAGCAGCUGGCUCCUAUGGCGGCGCCGGUGCGGAUGACGGCGGCAACGAUGACUACAUGACGGACUUCGGUCUGUUCCAGGCCUCGCGCAUCGCCUGUCCAGUGUUGCCGCAGUACCAUCCCAAGCAGCUGAUGGAGCUGCUCAACUGCGGCAAGAUCCGCUGGGUGAAGGCCAUCCUGGCGCAUCUGGUGCGCUGCAUGAGUGGCAACAGUUCCAGUGCGGUGGCCCAGGACGAAGAUGGCUAUGCCAGGCAGCGCAGCUGGUCGAGAUCGCGCACCCUGAGCAUUAGCUACACGGCCGAUCAGAACAUUCAGGCGGAGCAUCGCGGCAGCACCACUCAGAUUCCCGAGGAGCUGAUGCUGGACUACGCGGAGAUCAACUCGAUUCCGCCGUUGCCCUUGUGGGUGCUCCUCAACGCGGACAGGGAGACGCCGGGUCAGAGCAAUAACUACGCCGAGGGCGACAAGGACUACGACGAGCUCUUCGACAUGCACAACUCGGAGGACAACCUGGACGAGCUGCUGAGCGAGGGCGACGAGAAGAAGCGCCAGGAGCGCCGGCUAUCGCUGCCCGAGAAGCACUCCAUCUCGCACUUUGGUCCGCGGCAGGGACAGCUCCUCUCGCGCCUACUGACCCACACCCACUUGCCCGGACUCUCCUCGCUGGACCAGAUGCAUCUGCUGGCCCUGGCCGAUACGGUAGCCACAUGCAAUACGGAUUUCUCCGACAAGUUUGCCGCCGACCAGAGCAAGUCGGGCGGUGUGGGAGGAGGAGCGGGCUCGGGAGCUGUGAAGGAUGGCAGCACCAGUACGGACUCGCUGGACGACUGCGGCCUGCGCUUCCUGCUGGCCAUGAAGCACUUCACCUACCUGCUGCGCUGCCUUCCGCUCCAGCAGCGGGCGCAGUUCCAGCGCCAGGGCGUGGGCACCUCCAACAUCGUGUGGGCCUACCACUCGGAGAGCGAGGAGGAGCUACUGAACCUGAUACCCAGCUACACCAAGGGCGACCUCCGCUGGGCCACGCUGAGGGAUCUGGGCAUGGGCUACUGGCUGAAGAACAUCAACACGCUGCGGAGGUGCGUGGAGAAGCUGGCCAAGUGCGCCUACCAGCAGAAGCAGGAGCCGCUGGACGCGGCCAUCUACUACCUGGCCAUGAAGAAGAAGUCCCUGGUGUGGGGUCUGUUCAGGUCGCGUCGCGACGAGAAGAUGACCGCCUUCUUCGGCAACAACUUCGCCGAGGAUCGCUGGCGCAAGGCGGCCCUGAAGAAUGCCUUUGUGCUGCUCGGCAAGCAGCGAUUCGAGCACGCGGUGGCCUUCUUCCUGCUGGCCAAUAGCCUGAACGACGCCAUCGAGGUGUGCAUGAACAAGCUGGAGGACUUCCAGCUGGCCCUGAUCAUUGCUCGACUUUACGAGGGCGACGCCGAGGGCUGCUACUAUCAUCAUCUGCUGCACGAGCACGUUUUGGGAACGGAUCCGGAGACCGGGCGCUGCGACCUCAGCCGCGCCCAUCCCGAUCCCUUCCUGCGGUCGAUGACCUAUUGGACAAUCAAGAAGUACCAGGAGAGCCUCAACACCCUGCUGCUGAACAACGUGGGCAGCCUGCACAGCAGCUACAGGGAGGAGGACCUGCUGCGCCCCGAGCCGCAGGCCACCAAUCCGAAUGUGUUUAACUUCUACAUAUAUUUGCGCACCCAUCCGCUGCUCAUCCGGCAGAACAUCGCCCUGUCGGCGCAGGAGAAGCGCAUCGCCCAUGUGGUCCUGUCCGGGUUCAACUACGCCGGCGAUGCUGCGCCCAGUGCCGUGGCCUGUGACAAGCAGCUGCAGCUGGAGGAUUCGAUAACGCCCAUCGAGCGGCAGCUGUACUUCACCACCGCCCACGGUCACUUCAAGAGCGGCUGUCCGGCUCUGGCACUCGAGGUGCUCAACAAGCUGCCCCAGAAGAUCAGUGAUGAUUCCGGCGGCAGUGUGGCCGGCAGCCAGGCGCAGGAGCGGGCCCAGCAGAACAAGGAGGAGCUGAUCAACACAGGCAUCAUGGACCAGUGGGGAGCAACUCCGGCCGCCGCGCAGAAUACAGCGGAUGCCUUUGACUGGGGCGCUCCCGUGGCCAGCGAAUCGGAGGCCAAGUUCGAGAUCAAAUGGGAUGACGAGGAUGAGGAUGAGGUGGACCCGGAUCUGGAGCCCGACGAACCGGAGCUGGCCACUCCGCAGCCGCAGGCCUCCAUUUUGGGCCGGGGCAAAUCGAGUGGCAACGACAACAAGAUGGACAUUAUGGCCCAGCAGCUGAAGUUCGUGGCCUGCCUGAAGAUCCUCAUGGAGGAGCUGUCCACGCUGGCCACCGGAUUCGAGGUGGAUGGCGGCCAGUUGCGCUACCAGCUGUACAUGUGGCUGGAACGGGAGGUGGAGGCGCUGAAGCAGUUGUGCAACUACUGCAGCCAGUCGGAGCAGGCGAGUCACGAGUCCGGGGAUGUGGAUGCCGAGGCCAGGGACAAGGAGAUGAACGCCAGCAUCUAUCCCAGCACGGAGCGACCCACGCUACACGAGAUCCUCAUGCAGGACAAGCAGGACUUUGAGGCCAAGGUGAUGCGGGCGGCCAAGCGCAAGCGAUGGCUCAAGGCCAAUGAAACCCUGCUCCGCACCUUGCUGAGCUAUUGUUCUCUGCAUGGAGCCAGUGGCGGAGGCCUGGCCUCCGUCCGAAUGGAACUGGUGCUGCUCCUGCAGGAGCUGCAGCAAGAGAAGACCCAACAGCAGCUCCUGAGCCCGCUGCCCUUCCCCACCACGCUGCCCCUGCUCAGCGCCUGUGUGGCGGGCAACAAGACGGUGAUCGCCGAUCCCAUCAAGUACCUGCAGUCCCAGACGGUGGACAUGCUGCAGAGCAUCAUCAAGGUGCUGCCCUUCCCAGGGAUCGAGCCGAGUGCUUUGAGUGAGAUCUUCGUGCUGCGCGAUCUGGCGGUGGCCCUGUCGUCUUGCAUCUACCAGUCGCUCUGCGAUUCUGAGAGCUUUGUGGUGAACAAUUCGGCCUUCAACGGUUAUCCCAGUCCGGGCAUGGAGAACAUAGCCAAGAUAAACUCGUCCUUCGAGUGCAGCUAUUUGGUUGGCAGUCGGAAUGCCUAUGGCCGUCGGCGCAAGUACUCCACGGAUGAGCCGGCCGGCGUGUGCACCACUCCAUCCAAGUGGCCGGGCGUAACCAAUCUGCGUGCGCUUUUGGCCCGCGAGAAGGAUGAGGAUGUGCCCAAGCUGAAUGUGCUGCUGCUGGAGUCUUUCGUCUCCACCUACAUGGCGCUCUUCAUUUACUCGCUGUCCACCUGCGAUAGUCGUUUGCUGUACCGCCUGAGUGGCCAGAGUUUCAACAACGAGACCUGGUCCACUCUCUUUGGCGGCGGGAUGAAGAAGUUGCUCAUCAAGCCAGCCGCGGCACAGCCUCUUAACCAGAUGGCGGCAGGAGGAGCGGGAGCAGGAGCUGGCGGAGCCGUAGCCGCUGGUGGAACUGGUUCCACCUCCGAAGAGCCGGCGGAUGAGAACAGCGUUUGGAAUACGGUCACUUCCAUUACAAAACAGCGCAUGAAGUUGAACAUGAAGAUCCUGGGCAGCUUCAGCCAGAACAGCACUUCCAGCAACAUGAAGGAGGACAAGCCGACGUACCGGGAGCAGUUUAUGCCGCCGGAGACAUCCAUGCUGUCCUAUUUCCUAACCAAACCGCCCACAACUGAAUGCGAUGACUACGACACGGACGACUCGCACGAGUCGGACAACGAGGAGGAGGAGGAUGACGACGACGAUGUGAAUGUGAGCCGAUCCCAGCUGAAGGCCAAGGACAACACGGAGCACACCAAUCCCACGUCGUAUUCGUGGAGCAUCCUGCGCCUGGCACUCAUCAAGAUCAGCACGCACAAGAUUCAGGAGUUGGUCAAGGUGGCCGGCAUCGAGCUGCAGGAUUUGCCCGUGAUCAGUCCACUUUCGCACGAGGUACUGAGGACGCUCAAUCGCUGGCAGGACUUUGCCCUGAGUGACCUCAUAGCGCGCGGACCGCCGUCCCGCAAUUAUAUACCAGGAUGCUAUGCGGAGAGCGGCAUCAACGGCCUUGCCAUCCACAAGUACCGUUCGCUGCUGAACAAGGACAACACUCCGUUCGUUUCGGGCUCGUCGGCUGGCCCGAUCCGGCGACUGUGGAACUACCUGGUGCGACAGGAGCCCGCCCAGGAGGUGUUCAUCAAGAGCAUCUUCGGCAAGAACAUGGAGCCUAGCACCCGGGGAUCACACCAUACCCACAACGACAACGAGACCGACGAGGGUCAAUCCCAUUCGACCAACGAGAAUACCGACCACAUCCGGAUCAUUCACAAGGAUCACGAGUCGAUAUUGUCCUUCUGCUUGAAGAACAACAGCUCCUCGAUGAUUGCAUUCGCAAAUCCGCGGGAGAUCCAGGAGUUCGACAUCUCUCUGCUGCUGGAGUCGCCAAAUUGGUACGAGGAUGAGUGCGACUACGAUAUGAUGAACCUGUCCAAGGAUGCGGACACCAACAGCUCGUCCUUCCUGAUCAUUCAGACGCAGGAGCAAAACCAAUUUGGAAGUAAUAGCAAUGCAUACAGCGAGUCCAAUGCCAGCACACAAAGUGCUUCGCAAUCGGGACGCGGCACAUCCAUGGUGCUGCGCCACAAGGUGGACAAUGUGAAGAGGAUGAGCGCCCAUCCGCUGAUGCCGCUGUACCUUACCGGCGGCCAGGAUGGAUCCGUGCAGAUAUGGGAGUGGGGUCACCAGCAGCCCGUCUGCUCGCCUCGCACCUCCGGCACCUUUGCCAAGGUGACGCGCUGCCGCUUCUCGGAGCAGGGCAACAAGUUCGGCAUCGGCGAUGGCGACGGCAAGCUCAGUCUCUGGCAGGCGGGCAUCGCCUCACAGAACAAUCGUUCGUUCAUAAGCUACCAGUGCCACAACAAGGCCCUGUCCGAUUUCGUGUUCCUUGGUUCCUGCAGUCUUCUGGCUAGCGCUGGUCAAAGUUCCGAGAACAAGAACAUCAACAUCUGGGACACACUGCUGCCCCACAAGAAGUCCUGUGUGUCGGCCUUCACCUGUCACGACCAGGGAUCGUCCUGUCUGGUGUUCGCUCCGCAGCAUCAGGUGCUCAUCUCGUGUGGCAAACGCGGCGAUGUUUGCGUCUUCGAUGUGAGACAACGUACGCUGCGCCAUCGCUAUCAGGCCCAUGAUAGCACCAUUAAGUGCAUAGCUUUGGAUCCGCACGAGGAAUUCUUUGUCACUGGCUCCAUUGAAGGUGACAUUAAGAUCUGGGACAUGAAUCAGUUCAUGCUGAUCAACGCGUUCCCGCAUGAGCAUGCCAAGAACGGGUUCUUCAAGCACACCGGCCAGGGAGUCAGCCAGGUGUACGUAGAUCCCUUCGGACGACUCUUCUCCUGCGGCUCCGAUGGCUGCAUGAAGGUCCGCCUGCUGGUGGAGAAGGACAACAUUGUCCACUCCGUGUAUUGAAAGCUGUAUUCUAUCCUUAACAUUUCUGGCACGGAUGUGGAUCUCCGUAUCCGAGUCGGUGUCCGUUUGCCGCAGCCAAGUCCGUGUUUCUGCUCGUCUGUUUUUAUGUGUGUGCCGCGGCAAAAAAGAGGACGCGAUUCGAGUGUCCUACAAUAUGUGUAUUCUUUGUUAAUCGUUGAUUAUUGUAAACUUUUUUAAUUGUAUUUCAAUUUCCUACACGUACAGAUAUACAUAUAUAUAUAUAUUUUAUUACUAUUUUUAUUUGCAUAAAUGUAUUGUCUUUUUUUUUUGCCCAUUUCCGUUUUGCUAUUUAAUGUGUUUUUCCAAACGACGAAACAAAAAACGAAACUUGUGUCUGACUCGAUUCGCUUGAUUCGUUUCAUGUUCUUUGAGUAUUUCCUAAACAGACUAUAUACUAUACACUACUAUACAGAUACAAGAUAUAUAUUAUAUACAUCUAUUAUAUGCUUUAAAUCAAUUAAUUAUUAUUAUUAUACGAUAUACAAGACAUUCGACAGUAUGGUAAUUGAUAUGCUUACGAAUAUAUAUUACGAUCUAUGUCUUUGUGUUGAGCUUUGUGCAAAAAUUUGUCUGUUGUUGAAUCAAUCAAGAUAUAUGUAUACCUAAAACGAAACUAAAUGAAUUAACUAAAAAUAAAUAAAGUGCAAAAUGAAUAAAAAAAAUUAAUUAAACCAAA